GAACAAAUGAGGGCCGAGCAGAGGGUCCGGCUAAAGACGCUCCCACGACAGCGCCGCGCACCAACCGCGCCACGGACACGGAGAGAGAAAGGAGUGGCCAGGACACUGAAUCACUCUCGCCCACUCCACAGGAGCAGCGCAAAGGCGCGGUGCUGCCGGCACUUAUGCCGAUGAUCUUCCCCUUCUCCGUUGUUGUCGCCGUCGUCCUCUUCGCCGCCGCAGCCUUGGCUCCGAGACACGCCUCCGCGCUCACCCGCCAUGACUUCCCCGAGGGGUUCGUCUUGGGCGCAGGCACCUCGGCCUACCAGGUGGAAGGCGCGGCCGCAGAGGAUGGAAGGAAGCCCAGCAUCUGGGACACCUUCACCCAUCAAGGUCACUCGUCUGACGGAUCCACGGCAGACGUUUCAGCAGAUCAGUACCAUCACUACAAGGAAGAUGUAAAGCUUAUGCACAAGGUGGGUUUGGACGCGUACAGAUUCUCCAUUUCCUGGCCCCGGCUUAUUCCUGAUGGAAGAGGACAGAUAAACCGAAAGGGCUUGGAAUACUACAAUAAUUUGAUAGAUGAGCUGAUACUACAUGGAAUUCAGCCUCAUGUCACCAUCUACCAUUUUGAUCUUCCUCAGGCACUGCAGGACGAAUACAGUGGACUACUUAGCCCCAGAUUCAUAGAAGACUACACCGCUUACGCAAACGUGUGCUUCAAGAGCUUCGGGGACAGAGUGAAGCACUGGGUAACCGUCAACGAGCCAAACAUAGAGCCGAUCGGCGGCUACGACAACGGCUCCCAACCUCCGCGCCGCUGCUCCUAUCCGUUCGGCGCGGACUGCGCCGAGGGGAAUUCUUCGACCGAGCCGUACAUAGCAGCUCACCAUCUCCUGCUCGCACACGCUUCGGCAGUGUCCCUGUACAGAGAGAAGUACAAGGCAGCUCAGGGAGGCCAGAUAGGGAUCACUCUGCUGGGCUGGUGGCAUGAGCCUGCUUCUGACACACCCCAGGAUGCAGCUGCUGCCGUGAGGAUGAAUGACUUCCACAUAGGAUGGUUCAUGCAUCCGUUGGUGUACGGAGACUACCCUCCGGUGAUGAGGAGCAGGGUGGGCCGUCGAUUGCCGGCUCUACCGGCGCCGGAGUCGGCCAAGGUGCGUGGAUCGUUCGACUUCAUCGGCUUCAACCACUAUCUCAUCAUGCGUGCGCGAUCGAUCGACACCAGUUCCGGUCAGGAACCCAGGGACUACUACGUGGAUGCAGCCGUCCAAAAUCCAUCGUCAGACAUAACCACGGGCGAGGUUGAGACCGCCCCGUGGUCUCUGAGGAAGCUGCUGGAGCACCUGAAACUCCACUACGGGAACCCCCCUGUGUGGAUCCAUGAAAAUGGAUACGCAGACGCCCCCGGCACCUCGAGCAAGGCCGACAGCGACGACGAGGACGAGGACAGAGCGGAGUUCCUGCAGGAUUACCUGGAAACCUUGUACCUUUCCAUACGGAACGGGUCGAACGCGCGGGGAUACUUCGUGUGGUCGUUCCUGGACGUCUUCGAGUUCCUCUUCGGCUACCGGCUGAGGUUUGGCCUGUGCGGCGUCGACAUGGGCGACGCGGCGAGGAGGAGGUACAAGAGGAGCUCGGCUCGCUGGUACUCCGGCUUCCUCGCGGGCGGCGAGCUCCGGCCGGCUGCUUGGCCCCAGAAGUCCUACGUCCAAUGAGAAAACAAGAGACGCUCACAUGUGGCUCUCCGGUCUCCACGUCUUUGUUUUCCUCAAGCUGCUCUGCAGGACGAAAAUACCUGUACCGGGUUCACGUGCGCGCGCGCGCACACACACAAAAAAAAGAAUAAGAAUACCUUUUGUAGACUUGUUGAAAAAUUAUAAUAAGGGGCCGACUAUCUUCCACAAA